CUAUCACUCUAUCCUCAAGACUCGAAGGCUUCUGCUCAUAGAUUCGAGGCAGAGCUGCCAUCCAUACUGAUCUUAUAAACUAUCAAAGCACACCCAAAUGUCCGGGCACAACCACGAUCACGGCCACGGCGGCCAUUGCCACGCGGAGGGCCAUGACCAUUCCAAUGAUAUCACACCUGCAAUUCAAUCGCUUCUUUACUCACAGAUCCAGUUCGAUUCUAUUACCACGCUAAAUGAGGCAGCUCCGAAUUCUGGGGCUAAGAUUGUACAAAAAACGUGGAAUGAACGGCUGAACGAUGAGCCGGAACUCGAGAGCGAUGCUGACGAGCAGCUUCUGAUGUACAUCCCAUUUGCAGGCCAAGUCAAAGUCCACUCUCUUCUCAUUUACACCGCGCCGACAUCCUCCGCCCCCAAGACGUUAAAGCUUUUCAAAAACCGCGAUGACCUCGAUUUCUCAACGGCAUCCGAUCUCAAACCCGUACAGACCGUCGAGGUCCCACAGCCUGUCCCGGGGGCAGAUGUCUUCGAGCUACCGCUGAACCGUGCCCAUUGGAACGCCACUACCUCGAUGACCCUGUUCUUCGAGGACAACUGGAGCGAUGGCGAGGAGGAUGUAACUAAGGUCGGCUACAUUGGUUUUAAGGGCCAGUUCAUGGCUUUGAGUCGGGAACCUAUUAGCUUUCUCUACGAGGCCGCAGCGAAUCCUGGUGACCAUGUCUCCAUUCAGGGAGUCAAUGAUAUUGGCGGGAGGAUUAUGCCUGGUCAAUGAGGGAAUGGUGGGAAGUUCUGGAUGGAAUACCCUGGUUUUAAUCACGUUUUAGCACGGUGCAUUUUCUUCAUACCGGAUAACUACAAAAAGAAAAGAAAAAAGGGAGAAAGAGAGAAUAAAAUCGCGAAGGGAAUGAGGGAACUCAUAUCAAUAGUCGGAUUGCAGAGCCGGACGUCUAGCUGGGUGACUAGUGAAUUGACAGACA